AUGAAUCUCGUAACUUUGCUUUCUCGAGCGACACGACCAAGCAUUGCGCUUUUAGGUCGCAAUAAAAUAUUACCACAUCACUCUCAAAAUGCUAGAUUCCUUUAUCCUAAAGUUUCUUUCAGUUCAAGUUCUAAUCUAAAAAGAGCUAGUCCCGUAAAUUCAUCACACGAUAAUUUUAUGCAAGGAACCACCGCUUCUUACAUUGACGAAAUGUAUGAUGCUUGGUCCAAAGAUCCUAAUUCCGUUCACUUGUCAUGGCAAGUUUACUUUAAAAAUAUGCAAAAUGGAGUUAGUCCUGGAAAUGCAUAUCAACCUCCACCGACCAUCGUUCCUUUGACCGGGAUGUCAACUUCACUAUCUCCAACAACCGAACCACACGACGUAUACGACCACAUGAAAGUUCAACUUUUAGUACGAGCUUACCAAGUUCGGGGUCACCACAUUGCAAAGUUAGACCCUUUAGGAAUCAUGAAUGCAGAUCUUGAUUCCUCAAUACCAAGAGAACUUGACCCAAAGCAUUAUGGAUUUACGGAAAAAGAUUUUGACAGGCAGUUUUCGAUAGGUCCAGGAAUUUUACCUGCAUUUGGUGAACCUGGUGAAAAAAAGACGCUUCGCGGUACCAUUGGUAUCGAAUAUAUUCAUAUUCCUGAUCGGGUUCAAUGCGAUUGGAUUAGAUCACGAAUUGAAAUUCCUAAACCAUAUGAUUAUCCAUUAGAUGAAAAAAAAUUAAUAUUGGAUCGCUUAAUAUGGUCUGAUUCAUUUGAGAGAUUUGUUGCAACUAAAUAUCCAAACGAAAAACGUUUUGGUUUAGAGGGUUGUGAGUCCUUAAUUCCAGGAAUGAAGGCAUUGAUUGACAGAUCAGUUGAUCUGGGUAUCGAAUCAAUUGUAAUUGGUAUGCCUCAUCGCGGUCGUUUAAAUGUACUGAGCAAUGUUGUCCGAAAACCAAAUGAAUCCAUAUUCUCUGAAUUUACUGGAACAGCCGAAGCAACUGAUGAAGGAUCGGGUGAUGUAAAAUAUCAUUUGGGAAUGAAUUAUGAUCGACCGACACCAUCCGGAAAACGGGUUCAUCUUUCUUUAGCAGCUAAUCCAUCUCAUUUAGAAGCAGUAGAUCCUGUAGUUUUAGGUAAAACUCGAGCUCUUCAACAUUACAUGUAUGAUAAUAAAGAUCGUCAUCGUGCUAUGGCUUUGUUGUUACACGGUGAUGCAGCCUUUGCCGCUCAAGGUGUAGUUUAUGAGACCAUCGGAUUCCACGAUUUACCAAACUAUACAACUGGAGGAACAGUUCAUAUUGUCGUUAAUAAUCAAAUUGGUUUUACUACCGAUCCUCGAUUCGCUCGUUCAACACCUUAUUGUACUGAUAUUGCAAAAGUUGUGAAUGCACCUAUAUUCCAUGUAAAUGGAGAUGAUGUGGAGGGAUUAACAUUUGUUUGUCAGCUUGCGGGGGAAUGGCGUCAAACUUUCAAGAAGGAUGUUGUCAUUGAUAUCGUUUGUUAUCGAAAACAUGGACAUAAUGAGGUUGAUCAACCUAGUUUUACACAACCAAGAAUGUACCAUCAAAUCGCAAAGCAAGUACCCACGCUUGAUAAGUAUGCAAAAAAACUUGUGGAUGAUAAAAGUUUCACAAUUGAUGAAAUUAAAAAGCAUAAAAAAUGGGUGUGGGAUACCUUGGAAGAAAGUUAUGCAAAAAGCAGAGAUUAUAAACCUACGAGUCGUGAAUGGCUUUCAAGUUCUUGGCAUGGCUUCAAGUCACCUAAAGAGCUCGCCGAUGAGAUUACUCCGGUGUAUCCAACUGGUUCUAAACUUGAAUUGCUAAAACACGUUGGUGAAGUUAUUAGCUCCUAUCCAAAGAAUUUUCACGUUCAUCCAGGUCUUGUAAGGAUAUUAAAGGCUAAAUUUAAAUCUAUUGAUGAAGGAGUGAAUAUUGAUAUGCCCACUGCAGAAGGUCUUGCCUUCGGCUCUUUACUUGUUGAAGGAAAACAUGUCCGUCUAUCUGGACAAGAUGUUGAACGUGGUACAUUUUCACAACGUCAUGCUGUCCUUCAUGACCAAGAAAACGAAACUCAAUAUGUUCCUCUGAAUGACUUGAGACCGGGUCAGGCACCAUUUGAUGUCUGUAACUCAUCGCUUUCCGAGUUUGGAACUUUGGGAUUUGAACUUGGUUACUCACUGGUCAAUCCUAAUUCUCUUAUCUUAUGGGAAGCACAAUUUGGAGACUUUGCCAAUAAUGCUCAAUGUAUAAUUGAUCAAUUUAUUGCUACUGGUGAAAAGAAGUGGCAUCAACGAACAGGAUUGGUAACGUUACUUCCACAUGGUUAUGAUGGACAAGGUCCCGAACAUUCUAGUGGUCGAAUUGAACGUUUCCUUCAACUUUGUGAUGAUCAUCCUUUUAUUUAUCCUUCGCCAGAAAAAAUGGCACGUCAGCAUCAAGAAUGUAAUAUGCAAGUUGUAUAUUGUUCUACACCUGCAAACUAUUUCCACGUUUUGAGGAGGCAAAUUUAUCGCGACUUUAGAAAACCACUUGUUGUUUUUACAUCGAAGAGCCUUCUUCGACAUCCAAUGUCUCGGUCUAGCCUUAUUGAGAUGACUGGCAAUACAAUAUUCCAACGAUACAUACCGGAACCUCACCCAGAUCAACUUGCCUCUCCAGAAAAAAUAACGCGACAUAUUUUAUGCUCUGGACAAGUUUAUUAUACCCUUUUGAAGGCUCGUGAUUUAAAUAAGAUAGAUAACGUUGCUAUUUCUAGACUUGAACAAUUAAGUCCAUUUCCACAUGACUUGUUAUCAAAACAUAUCGAUAAAUACCCAAAUGCUAAAUUAAUAUGGGCUCAGGAAGAACCUUUGAAUCAAGGUGCAUGGACAUAUGUAGCACCCAGGAUAGGAACACUUAUGAAUCAUUCUGAACAUUAUGGAGGUAAAACUGCUGAGUUUGCAACCCGUCCACCAUUAGCGUCUCCUGCAACUGGUAACAAGAAACAACAUAUUCAAGAAGAACACGAUUUAUUAUCACAGGCUCUUAUCGGUCAGACAUUAAAACCACGAGAAGUUGUUAAUGGGAUACCUUUAUGGAUAUAA